AUGACUGUGCAAUACACCAGGUGGCGAUGGGAAAACACACAUGGUUCUGAAUUGGCGUCUGUGGAGUCAGUUGAUGACAUGGAGAGCAGUUCUCGCGAUAAUUCGGUGGCUGUUGAGCCGCCUUCCGUUGGCAUCAGUCCUGGGAGGCCUGGCAGCAGUAUUUAA